AUGAGCAUCAUUGGAGUGGCCUCUGACUUCCACAGCAGUCAGGCACUCUGGGAGCAAGGCAUCUCCAGGUCGCUUUCUCUCUUAUUUGCCCUUGUGGCUUCAAUAAACUCAGUAAGCCUUCCUCAGCCGAAGGAUCCUGCCUUCCCAGGCGCCGUCAUUUGCGAGGAAAACCAAGUGAGAGUUGAGUUUCCCAGCAGGUUCGACAUGGAAAAAUGGCGACCUUCUGUGCCGGAUGCCUCUGGGGUUGAUAUUUUGAACUGCACUUAUACCCUGGACUCAGAAAAGCUCAUUAUGAAGUUCCCUUAUGAAACCUGUACUACAAGAGUGGUUGGUGGCUACCAGGUGAACAUCAGAGUCCAGGACAACACUACUGAUGGACAAUAUAAAGAUGGCGUGUAUCAUUUCUUCUGUCCAGCUAUGCAAACUGAGAUCUUUGAGUUUUCAGAAGCCGUAGUCUGCACAAAGGAUUUUGUGUAUUUUUCCUUCCCACACAUUUUCUCUAGGUUUGCUGAUGACAAUGAGAAUGCAUCGGAGACAGGCUGGAUCAUUAAGCUUGGCAAUGGUACAAGAGCCCACACCCUGCCCCUGAAGGAUGCCUUAAGACAAGGAUUUAAUCUUCUGAUUGACAGCCAGAAAAUAACCCUCGAUGUGCCAGUCAAUGCUACUGGAGUUGCUCACUAUGUGCAAGGGAGCAGUCGUCUCUAUACCGUGCAGCUGAAGCUUUUGUUCUCAUCUCCUGGGCAGAAGAUCACCUUCUCCUCACAAGCUGUCUGUGCAUCAGAUCUUUCUGUGGCUUGUAAUGCUACACACAUGACUCUCACCAUACCAGAAUUUCCUGGGAAGCUCAAGUCUGUGGGCUUUGGAAAAAGGACCAUCCCCGAGAGGCAAUGGCAUGCCAGUAGGAUCGACAAAGAAGCAACAAAUGGCUUGAGACUGCAUUUCCAAAAACCUCUCCUGAAAACAAAACCCUCUGAAAAAUGUCCACCCUAUCAGUUCUACAUCUCUUCACUCAAGCUGACCUUUUACCUCCAACCGGACAUGGUAUCCAUGGUGAUUGAUCCUGAGUGCCACUGUGAGUCACCAGUCUCUAUAGUUACAGACGAACUGUGUACACAGGAUGGGUUUAUGGACUUCGAGGUCUACAGCCACCAAACAAAGCCUGCUCUGAACCUGGACACCCUCCUGGUGGGAAACUCAUCCUGUCAGCCUAUCCUCAAGGCUCAGUCACAGGGGCUCGCACGGUUCCAUAUACCUCUGAAUGGAUGUGGAACACGUCAGAAAUUUGAAGGUGAUAAAGUCAUCUAUGAGAAUGAAAUACAUGCUCUCUGGAAAAAUCUACCACCAAGCAUCAUAUUCAGGGAUAGUGAGUUCAGAAUGACAGUGAAGUGUCAUUAUAUGCGAGACAGUAUGCUACUAAAUGCCAAUAUCAAAAGCCUUCUUUCUCCAGUGGCCUCUGUAAAGCCAGGUCCACUAAUGUUGGUCCUACAAACCUACCCAGACAAAUCCUACCAACGACCUUAUGGGAAGGAUGAGUACCCUCUAGUGAGAUACCUCCGCCAGCCCAUCUACAUGGAAGUGACUGUCUUGAACAGGAAUGAUCCCAAUAUCAAGCUGGUCUUGGAUGACUGCUGGGCAACAUCUUCUAGGGACCCAGCCUCUGUCCCCCAGUGGUAUAUUGUCGUGGAUGGCUGUGAAUAUGAACUGGACAACUACCAUACUACCUUCCAUCCAGCUGGCUCCUCUGUGGUCCAUCCUGCUCACUACCAGAGGUUUGACGUGAAGACCUUUGCCUUCGUGUCAGAGGCACAGGCGCUCUCUAGCCUGAUCUACUUCCACUGCAGUGCCUUGAUCUGCAACCAAGGGUCCCUUGACUCCCCUCUGUGCUCUGUGACUUGCCCUGUACCACUGAGGAGAAAACGAGAGGCCAUCAAAGAAGACACAAUGACAGUUAGCCUUCCAGGACCCAUUCUCUUGCUGUCCGAUGACUCUUCACUUAAAGAUGCUACCGUUCCCAAAAGGCACGAGAUUGCCAAGGACACUAUUUCUAAAGCAGUAGCUGCUGUGGCUGCAUUAGUGGGUUCAGUGGUGAUUGUAGGCUUCAUCUGUUACCUGAAUAAGGCAAGAACUGUGAGGUUGGAUCACUGAUUGGACUUGCAAAUAAAGAGGCUGCAGGAAAA